CCAUUUCCCCUCUCCGACUAAACUGACUGACUCUCUUCCCACUCACUCCCCCCGUCAUCUUCCCUUCCUCCAUAACUCCAUAACUAUCUCUCUCUCUCUCUCUAUCACUUUCUCAUUUCCCCUUACACCUCCCUCCUUCUCCCUCUCCUCUCCCACCGCCCGCCCCCGCCCCCUCUUUCUUCCCUACCCAUCUUCUCACCUCUCCUGACUAGGACCCGGUCCCCCAUCUCCACCCCUCCGGUUUUCUGUCAGUCUCCUCGCCUAGAGUUCUUCCCCCCCCCGAGAACUCCCAAUCUCCAUCAUGGACGGGGACGAGCUCAUCGCCUCGGUCUACCGCAAGAUCGAGCGCGAGAAGGCCCUCAUCGCCGCUGCGUCGAACAUGCGACAAUCCACCGACAACCCUCUCGUGCAGCAAAGGGUUGACGCAAAUAUUCGCGAUGGUCAGAAAAAUAUCGCCUACCUCGAGGAGAAAAUGCGGGAGUUGCAGUUGCGCCAAGAAAGAGGCCAGGCUUCCCCGACCGAUCGACGCGUCCCCUCGGGCGAUGGUGGCCCCGUGCCACCGCAGAAGGAUUAUGGCAACGAAUAUGGUGAAGCUUCCAGUCAAUAUCCGCAGGGAGGAUCAGGCUCCAUGCCGUCAGGGGCCCCAUACGCCGAUCCCCGCCCUUUCGCUCCCGUUCCCAAGGCUCGUCCCAAUUACACUAAGCUCGACUUGAUCAAAUAUGACACUCAGUACUUGGGACCCAAGAUUCAGCUGAUGCUGUCCCAGCUGGAGUUCAAAUUGAGUGUAGAGAAGCAGUACAAGGCUGGUAUUGAGAAGAUGGUCCGCUUGUAUCAGGAUGAGGGGGAUCGCAAAAGUCGCGCCGAUGCGGAAGGCCGACGCAUCGAGAGUAACCAGAAGAUUCAGUUGCUGAAGCAGGCCCUGAAGCGAUACGAGGAUCUUCACGUUGAUAUCGAGUCGGCAGACAGUCCCGAUGAUGAGAGCCUAAGCACACCCAACCUGCGUAAGCCGCUCACCGGUCUGCUGACUAUGCGCAUCCAUGCCGUGCAAGAUGUAGAUCACGCCACUAGCUCCAGAUUCUCUCGAGGCCCGGAGACAUUCGUGGUUUUGAAAGUGGAGGAUACCAUAAAAGCGCGCACCAAGGCGACACGAACCGAUAGAUGGCCGGAUGAAACCUUCAAUCUGGAGAUUGAUAAAGCGAACGAAAUUGAGCUCACCGUAUAUGACAAGUCUGGAGAUCGACCGACCCCGAUCGGAAUGCUGUGGGUGCGCAUCUCAGACAUCGCGGAAGAGAUGCGCCGGAAGAAGAUCGAAACCGAAUUCAACGCAUCCGGUUGGGUUUCGGCCGACAAGAUGGGACACGGAGGACAGUCAGGACGGCCCAACACCGCUGGAGGAACGGGGUCAUCUCAUCAAGGUGGCCCCGGCGGCCCUGCAGGGGAAGCUGGUCCUGGUGGUGCGUCCGGCAUACCGGGUGCCGGCCAGGUGAUAAUUGAUUCUUGGUUUGCACUGGAACCAGUUGGUCGGAUUCAACUGUCGAUGAGCUUCGCCAAGCAACUGAAAGACCGCCGCCCGUUCGAUAUUGGUCUCAACCGUCAAGGUGCCGUUCGCCAAAAGAAGGAGGAGGUACACGAGAAGCAAGGCCACAAGUUUAUCACGCAGCAGUUCUACAACAUCAUGCGUUGCGCACUUUGUGGCGAUUUCCUGAAAUAUGCCGCCGGUAUGCAGUGUGCCGACUGCAAGUACACCUGUCAUAAAAAGUGCUAUCCAAAGGUCGUCACCAAGUGUAUCAGCAAAGCGAACUACGAGACGGAUCCAGACGAGGAGAAGAUCAAUCACCGGAUUCCGCACCGUUUCGAAGGCUUCUCCAACCUCUCGGCCAACUGGUGUUGCCAUUGUGGAUACUUGCUGCCGUUUGGACGCAAAAACGCAAAGCGCUGUACAGAGUGUGGUCUUACGAGUCACGCCCACUGUACUCAUCUUGUGCCCGACUUCUGUGGCAUGUCCAUGGAAGCAGCUAAUGAGAUUCUGCAAACACUCAUACGGGCAAAGGUUCAUAACAAGUCUCCUUCGGUCAGCUCUGCCAGUGGCCCCACUCGCCCUGUUCGUGCCCCUCAGGCUACGCAGGAUAAUACUUUGAUGUCAUAUCCGUCCAAGCCUGAGCAGUAUGAGCAAACACGACCGACACCUGCAACCAUGCCUUAUCAACCUCCGCAGUCCCCGACCACUCCAACAGGACCCCAAACAUCUCCCGGUACUUCGGCUUCGCCCGAUCUUGCCCGCGAUGCCGCUGUGGCCGCGACCAAUAAUCAUCGACCCCAGGUGAUGCCAGGUAUGUGGAUAAUCCAGCAGUAAGACUCAACUACGUGUCGUGGCUGACUUAAUCCCGCUGUAGAGCCAAACCGUCCUGUGCAGCCUCAGCCGUCGCAGCAU